AUGGCGUCCGUCAGCAUGGGGAAUGGCAAGGCCGUGCUUGCGCUUCUCGCCAUCGUCACCGUCAUCGCCGCGUGUCUCCUGCAGCCUGCCAAGUAUAUCUCCGGUGCAGCCAAGUCCGCCCUCUGCAUCAUUGACGACAUCUGCCAGUAUGUGCGCUGCCCUGCCAACUCCAUCGCAUGCAGCCCAACCACCGACGAUCGCUUGGCAGUGACGUGCCAGUGCUUCAAAGGCUACACUGCUGUCAGCAACACAUGCCAGCGUUCCGCUCACCUGCCGUCUCUCUCCUUGCCUGUGCUGCAGAACCCACGUGCGUCACUACAGGCUGCCCUGCCAACUCCGAGUGUGGCAAACGCACCGGAGGCAACGAAAUGGAGUGCAUGUGCAAGCCGGGCUACAGUGCAUUCCGUGGCAUCUGCAUCCCCACAGCAAAAUUCAACACCACCACAACACCUUCCAAUGACGUUUCAGAAGCUUUGA